CUUUAUUAGUGCUCUGAAUUCUGAUAUUAUAUAUUCUAUCACGCAAUUAAUCCAUGAGAAAAUCUUCUAUAUAUUGGCACCUUUGCCACUCAUUCAUUCAUUACCCACAAACGAUAUCCUCUAGCAAGCAGAAAACGCUGGGCUUGGUAGACAGUUCGAUCAUCAUGAAGACCGUACUUGUAUUCUUUGUUGCGUUCAUCUUGAUCUUAGCAACUCUCCAAGCCAAUGUAGAAGGGCUCGCAGUGAAGGGGGAGCAUAGCGUGAAGGCCAAGCGUCAUCUCCUUAAUGAAGCGACUCUUGGUCGAAAGGUAAGCUCAGGAACUAAGACAGACGGCAAAACCGAUAACGAUGUGGAUGAAGUGAACCCGGCCUAUCAGAGCUAUUCUGCAACAUCCACUGAAACUCACCAUUAUUACGUGGAUGACCAAAAACCCAACCAACACUAAGCUUGUGAGAAGAAUGAUGGAGCUUAUGUAUGUACUACGUAUGGUUUGGCUUUAAAUAAAAUGGAACCAACAUGUUAGUAGCCAAAGAAAAUAUGUAUGGGAAUUAUUGGCACAUGCAUGUUUAGUUUCACUGUGAUGAAGUAAUCAGUUUAUUUUUCAUCGUUUGUGUGCGACGGGCUUCUGGGUUUGUAGCCUGUAGGCAAACUAUGUUGUGAAUUAUGGCUGUUCUAAAAUAAAAGGAUCAUGCAUGGCUAGCAUGGUUCCGUGUGUUUGCUUA